AUGAUGCACGAUCGAUAUCCGAUAAUAUCCGGACCACACUACGUGUCUAGACCAGACAUGUCGCCGGAUUGCCGAAUAAUGACCCUCAGCCGCGGCCCGUGUGACCUCGACAACAUGAGUCUGUUCCAAGACCUCAAACUCAAGAGGCGGAAAGUUGACUCCCGAUGUAGCAGUGAUGGCGAGUCGGCCGCAGAUACCAGCACGUCGUCGCCGGACCCCGGCCCGCCGUCGCCGCGCAUGGCCGAGGCGGGCUGCAGCACGCCGCCGCAUCCGCCGCCCGUGUUUGAUGGCGGCGGCUCCCCGACACCAUCGCCUGCUUGCCAUCCCACCGUAAUCCGCUCUGCGCCACCCUACUCUGUCAUCAAGUUCGAGAGCAGCCCGGCUUCUGUCAAGGCAGAAUGCUCACCUGCCAGCAACAAACCUGAUGCGACGCCACCCCAGCUAUCUUCUGUAAAGCUUGAAAACACACCGGAACCUCAACCAUAUAGACCACGUGCGCUGGCUCCACCGCCACCUGGUUCACACACGUCGCUAUCGCCUGGACCCUGGCCUCCAGCUGCCUGCAUCAACGGUGUUAAACCGGAGCUGAUAGGCGGACAUUUCCCACCUCAACCUCUAGAACCUAAACCUGGUGCACGAGGGUCAACACAAUGGCGAGGUACUCCUGCUGUAAUCAUGGGCGAGUCAGGUGGAGUCCGGACAAUGUUCUGGACACUGCCAGCACCCACAUCUAGUGGAGAGCCAGCAGCAAGCGCGUCGCAUACGCCUACACCACCGACUCCUGACCCAGCUACGUGUAGUGAAGAAUCAGCAGCGCGGCUAUUGCUCAAUCUGGGCGGUGAGCUGAGGCGGCCGCGUGGGCCUCCAUUAAAUAUGGAACUACUUUGGGCAGGAGAUGUAUCUCAGCUGCCCGCGCAUCAGCAGCUUACUGCCUUGAAUUUGAGUGCUGCGGCCGGGAGUGUCGCGGGUGCAUCACAGGUAGCAGGAGCCAGCGCGCUAGCGCUACCCAGACCAGAGCUUCGAGCUUAUGCCCCUGAAGCGGAACGUGAUGAAGAUGAACAACCCAUGAUUUGCAUGAUUUGUGAAGACAAAGCAACGGGACUUCAUUAUGGCAUUAUUACAUGUGAGGGCUGCAAAGGUUUCUUCAAACGAACAGUGCAGAAUCGACGAGUUUAUACGUGCGUCGCUGAUGGUGGUUGUGAAAUCACAAAAGCACAAAGGAAUAGAUGCCAAUAUUGCCGAUUCAAAAAGUGUAUCGAACAAGGAAUGGUAUUGCAAGCGGUACGGGAAGAUAGGAUGCCAGGUGGUAGAAAUAGUGGUGCCGUCUAUAACCUAUAUAAAGUAAAAUAUAAGAAACACAAUAAAAAAGCAAAGGCAGCGACGACAACAAGUCGAGCAUCACCACCAGAGAAGCCCAAAGACCCUUUACCGCCUAUCCCAUCUCACCUCGUUAAUGGUACCAUUCUUAAGACUGCUCUCACUAAUCCCAGCGAGGUUGUCCAUUUAAGAGCACGGUUAGAAAGCGCCGUAUCAUCAUCACGAGAUCGUGCCGUACCCCUGGAAAGGGCGUUACACAUGAUCCGAGCGUUGAUCGAUUGCGAUGCCAUGGAAGACAUUGCUACGGUGCGACAUCUACCAGAUUUGCUCCACGACACCUCAGAAAUCGGUGACAAACUAUGUAAGAUCGGAGACUCGAUCGUACACAAAAUGGUCGCUUGGACAAAAAAAUUACCAUUUAUAAUGGAAAUACCUAUGGAAAUACAUUCCAAGCUGUUGAUGGAAAAAUGGCAUGAGAUCUCAGUACUGACGACGGCGGCGUACCAGGCGAUGCACGGGAAGCAUGCCCACGCGCCACCCUCAUCGGACCACGAACAAGACUUUAUGCAAGAGGUGAAUGCUAACCUCAGGACGCUACAGAACUGCCUGACGUCACUGAUGGGUCGCCCCAUCACGUUGGAACAGCUGCGGCUGGACGUAGGACUGGUGGUGGAGAAGAUGACGCAGAUCACCUGUGUCUUCCGCCGCAUCCAGCUCCGAAUGGAGGAGUACGUCUGUCUGAAAGUCUACAUACUCUUAAACCAAGAAGUUGAGUUGGAGGGUAUUCAGGAGCGGUAUGUGCAAGUGUUGCGCAGUUACCUGGAGCACGCUGCUCCGCAUCAUCCAGGACGGUUACAGGAACUCUUCGCCAGGAUACCUGAGAUCCAAGCGGCGGCGAACCUGUUGCUGGAGAGCAAAAUGUUCUAUGUACCUUUCGUGCUCAAUUCGGCGGAGAUCAGAUAG